UAUCAGUUAUUGAUAAACGACAAGGAGUUACUUCGUACCAAAGUUUAGAUUGACAUACUUAAUUUCUCUUUGUGUUAGAAAUGGCGUCGUUUGUUUUGAAAUCUCUUUUCAUUUCAAUAUGUGUAUCGGUAAUAACUUGCUGUGCCCCUGGAUGGAAGAAGACUAGCAGUCUAAGUGGAUGGUGUUUUCUAUUCUCACAUAAUCAAGUGACUUGGGCCGAGGCUGAGGAAAUAUGCAGGUCAUUUGAAGGAUAUUUAGCAGAACCAAUAAAUAAACCUAUUGAUGAUUAUUUAAUCUCAGAAACUCUAAAAACGGGACGAAAGUACUGGCUCGGACUCAGUGAUUUGGAACAAGAGGGUACUUUUCUGUGGACAACUAGCCAAACAGGAAUUACAUCAUAUAAUAACUGGAUCCCAGGAGACCCGAAUAAUGCCAAUAGUGGGGAGGACUGUGUUCUAAAUAACUGGACCCAUAAAGGCAAAUGGGCAGAUGGAGACUGCGAAUGGAAGGAGUAUUAUAUUUGUCAAACAGAAGAUAUUGAUGGAGGUAUCGUUGGAUGAUUUGACACAACAUGAAUUUCAACAAAUAAAAUCAUGGAAUUAUUA